CAUUCAGCACGUUCAACUAGGCCCUUGCCAGAGCAAGCGAGCUGGUGGCGGAGACGACAUGUGCGCGUGCGCAGAGGUGUAACGCUGGGAAGGUACGCCGAGGCUUGGAGGUGGAGGUGCAGCUCUCAGGAGGUGAGUAUUCCUAAAUGACCUUACACCCUUUGCUACACUGGUCCUGGGCCAAGAUGGGCCAAUCAAAGUCCUUACCCAGAAUUUUUUGAACUGAAAUUGAGAGAAAAAUUCCUCUUCAGUAUGGAAGCCAUAAAAUGUAAAACGCAGGAGCUGUCAGCAGCCAUGUGUCCUGCCAUACGGAGCCAGCUGGCCUGCUGUGAGAAGGAAGCCAACCUGCCAGAGGCAGCAGAGGUUUCAAAACCAUGUGUGCUCAGUACUGCAUCUCCUUUGCUGAUGUUGAAAAAGCUCAUCUCAACAUUCAAGACUCUGUCCACCUCACACCAGUGCUAACAAGCUCCAUUUUGAAUCAAAUAGCAGGGCGCAAUCUCUUCUUCAAAUGUGAACUCUUCCAGAAAACUGGGUCUUUUAAGAUUCGAGGUGCCCUUAACGCCAUCAGAGGCUUAAUUCCUGAUACUUUAGAAGGGAAGCCCAAAGCCGUUGUUACUCACAGCAGUGGAAACCAUGGCCAGGCUCUCACCUAUGCUGCUAAACUGGAAGGAAUUCCUGCUUACAUUGUGGUGCCCCAAACAGCUCCCAAUUGCAAGAAACUGGCCAUCCAAGCCUACGGAGCAUCUAUAGUAUACAGUGAACCGAGUGAUGAGUCCAGAGAAAACGUCGCUCAACGAAUUAUACAAGAAACAGAAGGCAUCUUGGUCCAUCCCAACCAGGAGCCUGCAGUGAUAGCGGGACAAGGGACAAUUGCCCUAGAAGUGCUGAACCAGGUUCCCUUGGUAGAUGCGUUGGUGGUACCAGUAGGAGGAGGAGGAAUGGUUGCUGGAAUAGCCAUUACAAUUAAGACCCUGAAACCUAGCGUGAAGGUGUACGCUGCUGAACCUUCCAAUGCAGAUGACUGCUACCAGUCUAAGCUGAAAGGAGAGCUGACCCCCAAUCUUCAUCCUCCAGAGACCAUAGCAGAUGGCGUCAAGUCCAGCAUUGGCUUAAAUACCUGGCCUAUUAUAAGGGACCUUGUGGACGAUGUCUUCACUGUCACGGAAGAUGAAAUCAAGUAUGCAACCCAGCUGGUGUGGGAAAGAAUGAAACUGCUCAUUGAGCCUACUGCUGGCGUCGGAUUGGCUGCAGUGCUAUCUCAGCAUUUCCAAACUGUCUCUCCAGAAGUAAAGAACAUCUGUAUUGUACUCAGUGGUGGGAAUGUAGACUUAACCUCCCUAAGCUGGGUGAAGCAGGCGGAACGGCCGGCUCCUUAACAGACUGUUUCUGUUCCAAUUUAGUCUCUAGAUGAAAGUUUUGUUUUCCAUCUUCCUGUUUAAACUAUUUUCAAAAUCCCAAUCAAGUAUGUUAUAGUAUAAAUCCUGUACUUAGCAGAGACACAGACAGCCUAGUCACAACCCAACAACUCCAACACUGGAGCCUUGGCUGGAGGAACCCAACUGAGUGGCCAUUACUCCAUGUCUACUUCAGACACUGUUGAAGAGAUGUCACUUUUAACCCAAAGUACUGGCUCUGGUACAUACGGGUCAUAAGUCCAUUUGGGAAACACUCGCUUAUAGAGAUUCAUUAAUACUGUAUCCUGAGAUUUUAGCUUCCCAUCAAAACUGCACUUCAUAUGGCCAUGUGUACCUACAAGAAAAACACAUAAUUGGUCAAAGUAAAGUGGACACUUUUAAGCAGUGAACUUCCAGCCCACCAGUCCCAAGGAACACCUGGGAACGCCAGGUCUUACCCAGCGGCUCUUUGAUGUGUCCCCGGCGGCCCCACUUGGUUCUCAGUUCCACAGGCUUAAACCACAGCACAUCGUCUUAGAAUGGAACAGACAUAACACCAAACGUUUGCCCACGUGUCAGUCAGGGCCAUCUUCCCAGCACCCUCUCCACUCACACCUACCUCUGCUGAAGAACAUGUAGCGCACUACUGCCGUCUUAGUAAAAAUUUUGAAAGGAUGACCACUUAGAACCACUCUCUUUAUGACCAUCCUGUCUGGAUCCACUGAAAACAGAUGGCCUGUAGCAAUGAGGCUGUGCAUUCCUAAGCGGAGGAGAAGCCGUUAAUCUACAGGCCAAGUCCUCCAGCUCUCAUCUAUUUUUAGGACCCAUCUGCUACUUUCCUGGGGCUAUAGGAAGACCACAAGCCCCUCACACCCUCCUUACAUGCAUUGUGUAGCCUGUCCUGGAGUGUAUUCAUGAAUGGAGCAAGACCCCAUGUCUAAGUACAGACAGCUAUGGUGCUAGUGGGUACUUGUACGCUCGUUAUUUAUACCCCGAAUUCAACAUACCAUUUCUCCUCUGCUUGAAAAGCAGCACAGAUGCAGGAGGGAACGUGAUUGGUGCAAAUACUGUCACCACUAAGGCCGCAUCAGCAGUCAGGAAUCUUUGAAAUUUAUGUUUAUCAGCUUCCAUAGUACGGGUCCAAAAUAAGUAAACAGAGAGAAAAGUAAAAGGCCUUUUGGGAAAUCAUAAGCAAUCCAAAGUAUCAAAAGCUGUACUACUGCCACAGGGAACCCCACCUUUUAAAAUUAUGGUAAUGGAGAUUAAACCUAGGGCUGUAUGCACGCUAAGUGCUCUGCCAUAGCCUCAUGUCCUCAGUGUUUAAGAUUUGUAUCUCUGUGUAUGUGUCUGAGUGCAGGUGCCUCUAAGUUGACCAAAGUGAAUGCUGGGAAUCCAGUCUGGGUCCUUUACAAGCUCCUGUCCGCUUUGUUUUGAGAGGAGUCUCGAGUAUUGCAUGCUGGCCUUGAACUUGCUAUAUACCUUCUGCCAUCAAGGGCUAAAGUUACCAGUUUAUUUUGUUUGACUGCUUUUGUGCUGGGUGGAAAACUGUAGGAAAACUGUUUACCUUACUUUCCCAAAAUAAUAAAGGCUUUUUAAUACA